AUGAGCAAUACAUUUGAAGAAAGAGCAUUUGAGAUAUUUAAGAACCAUUGUUCUAACGAAGAAGAUAAUGACUAUGCAUCCAAUCUUAUUAAGGCAUUAAUAGAUAUCAUUUCAGAAUCAAAAGAAUAGACUAUGCAAGGUUUAACAAGAAAUAUUAAAUAGUCCGCUGAGUAUAUAGUUGAAAAGUCCCAAACUUCAGGUUUUUUAGGAUCUCGCACAAAUCUAUUUUUAAAGAGCACUGCCAGCAUUUUCUAGCAUUAUAUUAACAAGGGUCUCUAAUAUUAUGGAGGUGACAAUAUGGAAGAGUUAAAGUAGAAUUUAAAAAAAGUUGGCAAAGAACUUUUAGAUAUUGCUUCUUAAUCUAAAGAUAAGAUUCGCAUAAAUGCACUUGAAUUUUUAUAAAAUGGAAUAACUAUCCUUAUUUUUGGUCAUUCAACAGUUGUUGCUGAUUCUCUGAUAUUUGGGGCAAAUAAAGGAAUAAAGUUUUCUUGCAUCGUAUGUGAAACAAGACCUAAAUGUGAAGGUUAUUUGAUGUACAAAAAAUUAACUAACCAUAAUAUCCCUUGUAAAUUUAUUUGCGAUUCUGCUUUGGGAACAGCUGUUGAAGAAGCUGAUUUAGUUCUUGUAGGAGCUGAAGCUGUUGUUGAAAAUGGUGGCAUCAUAAAUAGAAUUGGUACAUACACAGCUGCUCUUUGUGCUAAGUCCUUAAAAAAAUAGUUCUAUGUAUUAGCUGAAAGUUUCAAAUUUGCCAGAAUGUUCCCACUUUCAUAAAAGGAUCUUCCUGACAGUGUUAAAAACUCUUAAGAUUUUGAUGUAGUUGGAGACACUUUCGGACUUAAAAAAGAAAAUAUAAAUGUGUUAAAUCCUGUUUGCGAUUACACUCCUCCAAAUUUGAUUACUCUGUUGUUUACAGAUGUUGGUAUUUUCACUCCUUCAGCUGUUUCUGAUGAACUCAUUUAAAUUUUUAACAACUGA